UUCAAUUGACAGCAACUGUCACUUUUUCAGUUGCACAAACAAAUCAACACAAAAAACUCACCGGUAGGAAAUAAAUUUUUGUUUGGAUGGAUUUUUAUCUAUAAAAUUAAUCCUAAAAGAUAUUCUCGUAAUCAAUUAAAAAAAUAUGGCUUACGAAGUGACUGUUUCCGAUCGAAGUCAUCCUCUGCACAAAAUGCUUACACCCGAAAAAAGGUCUUCCCUUUUAAAUGCCCUCUUCGAAAUGUUAUAUCGCGACUUAAUGUCCGAUGUCGAAAUGAGUCCCAAAUACAGUGGCAGUUAUUGGAAGGAUGGAACCUUUAAAUUAAGAGCUGUUGAUGAACAUUCUGCCGAAGUCGUAGUUGACAUAGUUGAACGAAUGCCACCACCAUGGCCAAAUGCAGAAAUUUAUGUCACUUAUUCAAAGAAAGGAAAUGUUUAUGCUUCUGCCCCUCAAACAUACGUUCCUCCAGUACAAAAUAACGUCGUCGAACAGCCAAAGGCUCCUCCAAUUCAGAGAACCAUCGUUAACGUGCCAUUAGAGCCAGAAGUACAAAGAAACGUUGUCGCACGUCCUUACGUCCCAGAAGUACAGAGAUCCGGGGUUGUCGACCGACCAAGCAUGCCACCAAUACAGAGAUCCGUUGUCGAACUAACAGGCAUCCCAGGUAUAAAGAAAAAUAUCACUGUCGAAGCAUAUGUGCAAGGAGAAGUGAUUUCAGUAGAUGAAUUUCUGCAAACAAUUAAGAGAUUCGACAACAGAUUCCGAAUAGGGCAGUGGCAACCGACGUUUUGUCGCCCCCACGGUCAAGGACACGUAUACACUUUUAAUAUAACACAAACUGAUUUUCAGGUUCUAAACGAUUACGAUGGAUUUAUACCAUUCUAUGGGAAUCAGGUGGAGUUUCGAGUCUUGAAUAAUUCCUAACUUUUCCCAAUAAAAAAAUUAAAUAAAAAGAAAACAAUAAG